AUGGCAAGGGCACGUUUGGUUGGGAUUGGAAUGGAUUAUUCAGACACAAGCAAAUCAGCUUUGAAUUGGGCAAUCAAUAACCUGAUUGAAGAGGGUGAUAGGAUUAUUGUAAUCCAUGUUGUUUCUCCCAAAGCUGAUCCUACCAAUAAGCAGCUUUUUGAAGAUACUGGGUCGCCUUUGAUACCUUUGGAAGAAUUCAAGGAGAUAAAUGUAUCCAAAUACUAUGGGCUCACCCCUGAUCCUGAGGUUCUUGAUAUGCUUGAUACAGUCUCCAAGACCAAAAAAGUGAGUACACAUACGUUAAUUCUGCUUAAUUAUAUAAUGAAAUUGUAUUAUAUAAUCAGGGUUUUACUUGGAAGCGUGAGCAACUACGUGGUGCAAAAUGCAAGUUGCCCAGUCACAGUUGUGAAGGGGACCUCCCAAAAGGCAUAG